AGAUCUUAGCAAUACAUUUCCAUGUAUACAUCUAAUCAUACCAUCAAACUGAUAAUCAGCCCUCAAUAAACACAACAGUGGUAUACUCAACAAAAUGGCCACCGCUACAUCCAUCUCAACACCAGCCCUAAAUCUCUCCUCCAACGACACCGCCGUCCUCCAAGCUCUUUUCGACGCGGAAUCCUCCACCACCUCCUCCUCAUCCGCCAAAAUCAUUUCUUCCCUCCCUCCCUUCCCAUCAUUCGCCGAAGGCCCAGCACUCGAGGCCCUCAAACAGCGUGAACUCGCCAUCAUCCGACGCAUCCAAGACCAAUCCGCACAACCCACUCCCAUAGAAAACGCCAUCACCGAUCUCACAGCUCUAAUCACCGAGUCCCCAACCUAUCCCCCUCUAUACGCAAACAGGGCACAGGCAAUACGGAUGCUCAUCCAGACAUCAACCGCUGAAAGAUCAGACGACGCCCUCUUCCUCCCCGAACACACAUCCCGCGCCACCGCGCUCUUCGCGGAUCUCAGCCAGGCAAUAACCCUCUCCAGCCCGGCCCAAAGACACGGCAGCGUCUCACCCGCGCAAGCCCGUCUGCUGUCAAACACAUACACACAUCGGGGUUAUCUUCUACUCAAAGCCGCGAAGAUCAGGAAGGAGAGGGAGGAGAAACAGCAGACACAGAGGGAUGAUGUGAAUACGGAUCUGAGCGGACCACAGCAAUUGCUGAGAAUCGAUACCCGAGAGCAGUUGGAGGAAAUGGCCAGUCAGGAUUUCUUCCAGGCCGGCUGGUAUGGCAAUGAAGUCGCCAGGCAACUGAGUGUGCAGACGAAUCCGUAUGCGAAGAUGUGUGGUGCAAUAGUGAAGGAGGCGUUGAGGAAGGAGAUAGAAGAGUUUCAAUAAUAUCUAUAUAUAUCUAUAUAUGUGGGGUUGAG